AUGGCGCUCCAGUGGCUCCACAGUCGCUUGGCCUACACGCAGCUUCAAACCGAUCAGGCAAUCUCAAGUGCUUUAUUAUCUAAGCGCAGGCCCUCUUUAACCCUGAAACAGCUUAAGUUGGCCACACUGACUGUUUUUGGUCUCCUCUUAUGGGUUGUGGUAGUCUGCAGUCGGGAUCAAGAUGUAGUCACUGAGUCUCGCCCCUCAGCUCCUCAACAUGACAGACCACCUGAUGCCAAGUCUACCGACUGGUCUCGGUUUGCGUACGUCCAGUAUGUCACUGACAAGCACUAUUUGUGCAACUCGGUCAUGUUCUUUGAGAGAUUGCAACAUUUCCAGAGCAAAGCGGACCGAGUUAUAAUGUAUCCCUCCGACAUGCUCGUUAGUCCUCUUGACACAGAAGGCACCUCAGAUGAGGCAAAACUCCUCAUCCUUGCUCGGGAGAAGUAUGAUGUGAAGUUGGCUCCGAUAUCUAUUCAACGUCGAACAGGCGCGGAUCCAACAUGGGCGGAAUCCUUCACAAAACUCCUUGCUUUCAACCAGACGAAAUACGAACGUGUACUUUCAAUCGAUUCAGACUCUACUCUUUUACAACACAUGGAUGAGCUCUUCUUUCUCCCCCCAGCCCCGGUUGCCAUGCCACGUGCGUAUUGGCUUUAUCCAGAGAAACAGAUCUUAUCUUCCCAAUUCAUGCUUAUACAGCCAAGCGAAAUUGAAUUCUCUCGUAUCAUGUCUAAAAUUGAUGACGCUGCAAAAGACGAUUACGACAUGGAGAUCGUCAAUCAAUUGUACAAGGACAACGCCUUAAUUCUGCCGCACCGGCCUUACGAUUUAUUGACGGCCGAAUUCAGAAUGGACCACCACCAAUGGUACCUUGGCAAUGAUCAAGAAGUCUGGGAUCCAGUCGCUGUUUACAACGAAGCAAAGUUGGUACAUUUCUCUGAUUGGCCGUUACCCAAGCCCUGGUUGGGCUUCCCCGAGAAUUUAGUCCGGGAGAAAGAACCCAAAUGUGUAUUGGUAGAUGGGGUUGAGGACUGCUCCGCAAAAGAUAUCUGGCAUGAUAUUUACAAAGAUUUUAGAGAACGCCGGACACGAGUCUGUGAUACGACCUCACCGGAAACUCCCAAGAAUGCUCGCAGCCGCCGACGGCCACAUCGUAAUUGA